UAAGAUAAUGCGUUUUAUCUGUUGCAGUAUUUCAUGAAUACAUGCAAAUUAAUUCUAUUGAAGAAUAAUAAUUGUUUAUUAAUUUUCGCAACACCGGAUUUGAUUCUUUGACUUAAGUAAAAUUCUACCUUCGUGUACGACGAUCGUUUAAGCGCGUGUGUCGCGGUGCAUGGCUCGUAAAAAUAAGGAAAAUAAAAAUAUGGCUUUAUCGGCCUUACUAAGAGACGAAGCUGAUAGCAGUGAGGAUGACUAUCGGCGCAAACGAGAUAAAAACAAUCAAGCUGUUAAAAGAAGUCGAGUCAAAAGUAGGAUGCGUACUCAACAAACAUUACAACGCGUCAACCAAUUAAAAACCGAAAACGAUAUGUUAGAAGAAAAAAUUAAGCUUUUAAGUAAAGAGCUGGGAUUUUUAAAAGAGUUAUUUAUGGCGCAAGCAGGCACAUCACAAAUUGAAAUUCCAAAAUCUGUUGACUUAAAAACAUUGUUAAGUGACACUACAUCUGACAUUCUCGAUAAUAAUAUAUCUAAACUUCCUACAUCGUAGGCAAACAACAAAAAGUUCAAAUUAUGUAUGGCCCUUACUGUAAAGUAUAAUAUUUAAAAUAGAUAUAGUUUAGACUUUAAUUUAAAUAGUUCUGAACAUGAUUUUUUUUCUUUAACAUUACUGUUCUGAUAAGAAGGCAACAUGCAGGUUGUGCAAUAAUUAUUUUCCUCAAAAUGUUUACUGUUUUUUUAAAGAUAUUUCUAUUCAAAGUUAUAUGUAAUUAUUUUAGUUAUUAAUUGUGAUGUUUGUUCCAUUAAUAUAGUGAUGUAUAUUUUA